AUGUCCGGCCGGCGAUGGGGCGGGGCCCUGGGGUUCGCCGCCGCUCGCCGAGAGAUUAGUGAGACGCGGUACGACCAUGCUAGCGGUGGUGCGGCAACAAUGUGGGCAGGGUCCAAGUCUGGUGGGAUAGAAAUUAUAUAUCAACGCAAGAACAAAAAGAUGGAGGGAAACACUCAACAGCGAGAAGGUUUCAAAUCAAGUGCCACGUACUGGUGGAUCGUGUUCCCAACCGGCAGAGCCGCAUUUCUAAUCCAGAAGCUUGCACGUGCCGGAUUUGCCUGCCCAAAGCGGCUCCAGAGGUCUGGUGGUUCGACUGGGGGGUCUCGCCAGCACGACGGUGGCGGCCAGCCUCCUACGAGUUUCCCCACAGACGCCGGCGCACUGUACCAACUGGGGAUUUUGCCACUGCACCACACCGUACCGCAAAACCCCGAACCCCAGGUUCGCGCGGCCUGGUGGUGGAUUGGUGUGGAUUCCUCCCAGCCGCUUUGGUCGUCGCCAAACCUUGUUGACUUUGGGCUGCUGCUGAGCUGA